AUGAACUGCUUGUAUAUCUUUUUUAAUCCUAUGCAGCAAAACCACAUGCAAUUUACAGUUUUGCCUAAAGCUUCAACUGGACUUUGGCCCCAUUCAAAACUGGAAGGAAACAAUGCAAGGUUAUGUAGUCAACUUCAAAAGCUCUAUGGAAAGCUUCUAUACAAAUUUGAGAAAUAUUACUUCUACAGGUUUCCUGCAUCUCAAACUGCAACUGGCAGCACCAAAGCUAAAAGGAAGCAGGGAUCAACAUCAAGUUUGUCCCAAUUAAUGGAUGAUGGAGAUUAUCCGACAGAGGCAGAGAUAUCAAAGGACUGCCCUACCAAAGUGACAGCAAUACCUGAAGUGCUCCUACAAACACCAUCAAAGGACAAAGAAAAGAAGAAAAAGCGAGGUUGUCCUACGGGACGAAGUGGUUAUCAAAUUUUCCUCAAGCAGGAAUGUGCCCGAUUAAAAGCUUCUGGUCAGGACAUAGAUAGCAAAGCCAUCCUGCGCAUGGCUGUGGAAGAAUGGAAUAAGUUGUCAGACAUUGAUAAACAGCCAUAUGUGGAGGAAAGCAAGAAGAUGAAGGAACAGAAGAAGGAUGCAUUGAUGACUGACAAUAAUAAACAGAAGAGCAUUCAAGAUCUUAAGAAGGAUGAAAAGAAGGCUAAUGUGUGUUGUGGUGACUACUACUAUGUAACUUUGCAACCUCAAGCAAAUAACCCUCUUGUCAACAAUGCAGUAGUGGACUUGGCUUUUAAAAUGACAGAAAAAACAUCCAAGGACCCCUUCUUCCCAUUUGAUUUGGAUGCUUAUCGUUCAGUAGAUUUGCUAACUGGGUUAGCAAUAGGAGAACCCAAAUAA